GGAUCAGCACAUUGAAGCUUAUUUAAGGCGGAUCAACUGCAGCUCUGUUCAGACUGUCCCCUGUCUGUCCUUGCAGAUGGUCACAGAGUUUGGUUUAACAACUGCUGGCCCGGUGCGUUAAAUGGAGAGAAUCACCAACCUUUCUCUCUGCAGGUGCCAAACAAUAAACAGUAGUCAAAUGAAACUCCGCCCACCUAGUGCGCAGCCGCAGUAGCAGCCACAGCCUCCCAGGUGAGAACCAUCACCUGCCUCAACGCUUCCUCCUGUUUCCUUAUCAAAGUGUGGAUGUUGUAGCUACUUUUCAUUUCGUUGUGACGCAGGCAGGUUAAGGAUGAAUAUGAAAGUGUUUGCAGAUUGAUGUGGAUGUGAAUUCAGCAUCAUGGAUCAGCGUGAGGACCAGAAAGAAGGAGAACCUCUGUCUGAAACCAAGGACCAGAGCAAAGCUCAGAGCUUUAUUUACAGCAACAAACCUGAAGAUGACCGUAAACAUGGAAGGAAACAGAAACAUGAACCCAGCGCUGAGUCCUGGAGGAGUAACUUAUCAAAGGAUCAGCAUAUUGAUUUUAAAUCAGACCAUCCUUCAGCUACAGAAAGAUUGAAGCUGUUCUCAGAGGCUCCUAGUGGUCAGUCUGCCCAACAGCACCAAAGAGAGCUGGACUCCAUAUUUAUGGAGCUGAAAGGGAACAUAAACACUUUUGUGGAGAAUGAACUGCAGAAGAUCCAAAUGGUCCUGGGUUCAGAUUACCCAGAAGGUUUAGAGGGGAAUAAGGAGGAUGAUGAGGUUUUAGAGGGUGAAGAUAAAGAGCAGAUAAAGAAGAGCAGAGAAGCAUUUGAGAAGAUCACGCAGCACUUCCUGAGGAGGAUGAACCAUGAGGAGCUUGCUGACCGUCUUCAAAGCAAAUCACUCAUCACAUGCCAGCAAACACUGAAGUCUAACCUAAAGAAGUUCCAGAGGGUGUUUGAAGGGAUUGCUAAAGCUGGGAAACAAACCCCUCUGAAUCAGAUCUACACGGAGCUCUUCAUCACAGAGGGAGGCUCUGGAGAGGUCAACGAUGAACAUGAGGUCAGACGAAUCGAGGCAGGGUCCUGGAAACCAGACAGACCCGAAACCCCAAUUAGACAUGGAGACAUAUUUAAACCCCUACCUGGAAGAAAGGAACCAAUCAGAACAGUCAUGACAAAGGGAGUGGCUGGCAUUGGGAAAACAGUCUUGACACAGAAGUUCACUCUGGACUGGGCUGAAGACCAAGCCAAGCAGGACAUCCAGUUCAUGUUUCCGUUCACGUUCAGAGAACUGAAUCUGUUAAAAGUGGAACAGCUCAGCUUGGUGGAGCUUGUUCAUCACUUUUUUAGUUAAACCAAAGGAAUCUACAGGUUUGAAGAGUUAAAGGUUGUUUUCAUCUUUGACGGACUGGAUGAGUGUCGACUUCCUCUGGACUUCCACAACAAUGAAAUCCUGACAGAUCUAACAAAGUCCGCCUCAGUGGAUGUUCUUCUGACAAACCUCAUCAGAGGGAAACUGCUUCCCUCAGCUCGCCUCUGGAUAACCACACGACAUGCAGCAGCCAAUCGGAUCCCUUCUGAGUUUCUUAGCAUGAUGACUGAGAUUAGGGGAUUCACUGACCUACAGAAAGAUGAGUACUUCACAAAGAGAUUUAGAUAUACGAAGCAGGAAAAAAUGGUAAUUUCCCACAUCAAGAAAUCACGAAGCCUCCACAUCAUGUGCCACAUCCCAAUUUUCUGCUGGAUCACUGCUACAGUUGUGGAAGACAUGUUAAACAACAAAAACAGAGAAAAGCUGCCAAGCACCCUGACUGAGAUGUACAUACACUUCCUGGUGGUGCAGGCCAAGGUGAAGAAGCUCAAGUAUGAUGAAGGAGUGGAGACAGAUUCACACUGGAAUCCAGAGAGCCAGAAGAUGAUGGAGUCUCUGGGAAAACUGGCUUUUGAGCAGCUGCUAAAAAGAAACCUCCUCUUCUAUGAAUCAGACCUGACAGAGUGUGGCAUUGAUCUCAAAGAAGCUUCAGUGUGCUCAGGAGUGUUCACACAGAUCUUCCAAGAGGAGAGAGGGCUGUAUCAGAACACUUUGUUCUGCUUCGUCCACCUUAGUGUGCAGGAGUUUCUGGCUGCUCUUCAUGUUCAUCUGACCUUCAUCAAAUCUGGAGUCAAUCCGCUUGUAAAAGUCGAAAUGAAAUCCAAGGAUUUAGAAGAAAGAAACCAUGAAUCUUCAGAGAUUGAUCUCUACAAGAGUGCUGUGGACAUGGCCCUAGAGAGUCCAGAUGGACAUCUGGACCUGUUCCUCCGCUACCUUAUGGGUCUUUCACUGGAGACCAAUCAGACUCUCCUAAGGGGACUGAUGUCACAGACAGUAAGCAGAUCGCAGAUCAAUCUAGAAAUAGCCCAGUACAUCAAGGAGAAGAUAAAUAAAAAUCUUUCUGUGGAGAAAAGCAUCAAUCUGUUCCACUGUCUAAACGAACUAAAGGAUCAGUCUCUGGUGGAGGAAAUCCAACAAUCUCUACGCAGAGGAAGUCUUUUGGCAGAUCAACUGUCUCCUGCUCAGUGGUCAGCUCUGAACUUCUUCCUGCUGUCAUCAGGAGAAUGUCUGGAGAUCUUUGACCUGAAGAAAUACUUUCCUUCAGAUAAUGCUCUACUGAGGCUGCUGCCAGUAGCCAAAGCCUCCAGCAAAGCUAUACUGUGCGGCUGUAACCUGACGGAGAGAAGCUGUGAAGCUCUAUCCUCAGUUCUCAGCUCACAGUCUUCCUGUGUGAAAGAGUUGGACCUGAGUAACAACGACCUGAAGGAUUCAGGAGUGAAGCUGCUCUGUGCUGGACUGAAGAGUCCACACUGUGAACUUGAGGUUUUAAGGCUUUCUGGCUGUCUGAUCACAGAGGAAGGCUUUGCUGCUCUGGCCUCAGCUCUGACCUUGAAUCCUGGUCACCUAAGAGAGCUGGACCUGAGUUACAAUCAUCCAGGAGAGGCAGGAGUUCAGCUUCUGGCAGCUGGACUGGAUGAUGAAGGCUGGAAGCUGGAGACUCUCAAGGUGGAGCCUGCUGGAGUCCAGUGGUUAACAGCAGGUCUGAGGAAGUAUUCCUGUUCACUCUCAGUCGACAUGAACUCUGUAAACAAACACCUCAAGUUAUCUGACGACCACAAGAAGGUGAUGCAUGUGGGAGAGGAGCAGCUCUAUCCUGAUCAUCCUGACAGAUUUGACCUCUUUGAGCUGCUGUGCACCAAUGGUCUGACUGGUCGCUGUUACUGGGAGGUGAAGUGGAGUGGGAGGGUUUACAUAUCAGUGAGUUACAGAGGAAUCAAAAGAAAGGGACACAGUGACUUCUCCUGCUUUGGAUUUAAUGAUCGCUCCUGGAGUCUCAUCUGCUCAGAUGAUGGUUACACCGUUUGGCAUAACUGUACAAAAGUUUGUAUCCCUUCCUCCUCCUCCUCCUCCUCUGGCAGAGUAGCAGUCUAUGUGGACUAUCCUGCUGGGACCCUGUCCUUCUACAGAGUCUCCUCAGACACACUGAUCCACCUCCACACCUUCAGCACCACCUUCACUGAACCUCUUUAUCCUGGAUUUGGAUUUGGGUCCAGGGAUCGUUCUAUGGGGUCUUGGUGCUCAUUUUAGUGUAGGUUCCACAAUUUAAACUUUAUUUCUGUAAGCACACAUUGUCUCAGGAUAAGGCCAGCUUCAGAGGCUGACUUGUAAAAAGAUGAAACGGUUUAAAGAGAAACUGGAUUGCAGAAAAAUAACCAAAUUUUUAAAUAAGCUUAUUAACUGCUCAUAAUCUGUGUUGAACUCAUUCAAAACAUUGUAAACUCUACUUUUCAACAUUUUGUAAUCAUAACUACUAUUAAAAACACAACUUCAGUUCAUGUCAAGCAUUGCUCAAUAUAAGUGGUUUCCACCCUUUAAACAGUUUUUUUUUGUUUUUGUUUCUGUCUGUAUUAUUAUUAUGAGCUAAUUAAAAAUUAGGAAUAACUAAAUCACGUUUGUAUGCGAUGUUAUCUUAUGCACCUAGUCCAUGUCCCUAAAAACAGAUUGUGAUGCUGGGAACCAGUAACCAGGUCCCUGCGCUUCUCUGCCACAUGACUCUCAAAGGAGGGGGCGUCCUGUAGCAUUUUCCGGCUCGUCUCCAGGGGCCCCAGGAGCCAAGGCUCGACCGCUGGCGUCCUCUACACCUUGUUAUGUGUUGAUUCUGCAGAGUGGGGGUGAGAGUGUGAUGUGGAUGUUGUGCCCCCGGUGAUGGAUAAAAUCAUGGACUGAACUGUACACAGAGAUGCUGAUAGGAACCUCUCACAUCUUUAAAUUACACUAACAACUUGUAGCUCAGCCCAGGAAGUAGGAGUCACAGCUGGAAUCCCCCUGACAGCAUUCAGUCCUUGGAACAAAAACUUUGUUGGCAACGUUUCCUUCUCUUUCACACAUUACAACAGGAGGAAUCACUCAUCCAGAAAAGUUAAUUCCCAGCCAAAAUAAUAAUUCCUUAAAUAUUAUUUGACUAAAUAAGGACAGCUAAUUAAACAACACUGAGAAUGAAUUAUCCAGAGGUUUUUUUUUUUCAAUUCAGCAAAUCAUUCAUUAAAAUAUUAUUUUAUUAAAAUAAUGCUUUAUCUCCUUUUCUGAUUUUGCUUUGCGACUGGUUGUUUGGAAAUACCAAUUAUUGUUUUUAAUUAGUUCUAAGACUAAUCUUACCUCAUUUCCAUGUUCCUCAAGACAAUCUUUGGUUCUCAAACAGAUAACACUGAAUGGUAAUACUGCAUAAUUUUACUGGUCGUGGUUUUAACUAUUUUUACUAACCACUCUAACUAUUUUUGAUUCUCUUGUUCCUCCAUUUGUAUAUAGUUCAUUAGUUUUCUUCAUUUCUUCAUUUUGCUUGGUAGUUUUAGUUGAAUUAUUCUAGUAUAGUAAAGAGUUUGUUAAU